AUGCGCUGCUCUCCGUGCGCUUUGCGGCUGGUGCGCAUCUCUCCCAGAUCCGAGCACCGGAGCCUGUCCUGCUGCACCGGAGCCUGUCCUGCUGCACAGUGCUGCAAACAGGGGCCCGUGGUCCUCCCCACUCAGUAUUAUGACAGGAAACGAGGAAUAAUUGAAAACAACAUGUCUUCGCGAUCUGCACUACCGUCUGGGAACGACAGGAGUACUGGAGACCAUCAUGUGCCGCUGGGGGCCAGUCGUGCGGACAAGUCCACGAGUCAGUCCAGCCGCUCGCUGGGGGCCCGCUGUAGGAACUCCAUCGCCUCCUGCUCAGACGAGCAGCCGCACAUAGGCAACUACCGCCUGCUCAAGACCAUCGGCAAGGGCAACUUCGCCAAGGUCAAGCUGGCUCGCCACAUCCUGACGGGCCGAGAGGUUGCAAUAAAAAUCAUUGACAAAACUCAGUUGAAUCCGACCAGCUUACAAAAGCUGUUUCGGGAGGUGCGAAUAAUGAAAGGCUUAAAUCAUCCAAACAUUGUGCAGCUGUUUGAGGUGAUUGAGACGGAUAAGACCCUUUACCUUGUGAUGGAGUACGCCAGUGGAGGUGAAGUGUUUGACUACCUCGUGUCUCAUGGGAGGAUGAAAGAAGUUGAAGCUCGAGCUAAAUUUCGUCAGAUUGUUUCCGCCGUCCACUACUGCCACACAAAGAACAUUGUCCACAGAGACCUGAAGGCCGAGAACCUUCUCCUCGACGCAGACUCCAAUAUCAAGAUUGCAGACUUUGGCUUUAGCAACGAGUUCACCCUGGGCAAUAAACUGGACACGUUCUGCGGCUCGCCCCCCUACGCUGCCCCCGAGCUUUUCCAGGGCAAGAAGUACGACGGGCCUGAGGUGGACGUGUGGAGUCUGGGGGUCAUCCUCUACACCCUGGUCAGCGGCUCACUGCCCUUCGACGGACAGAAUCUGAAGGAGCUGAGGGAGCGUGUGCUGAGGGGGAAGUACCGCGUGCCCUUCUACAUGUCCACAGACUGUGAGGGGAUCCUGCGCAGGUUCCUGGUGCUCAAUCCGACCAAACGCUGCACUCUGGAGCAAGUAAUGAAGGACAAGUGGAUAAACUGUGGCUAUGAGGGCGAGGACCUGAAGCCUCAUAUAGAGCCUGUGGAGGACUACAGCGACUCGGCUCGAAUCGAGGUGAUGGUUGGGAUGGGCUUCACUCCAGAGGAAAUCAAGGACUCGCUUCUAAAUAAGAAAUACAAUGAGGUGACUGCCACCUACCUGCUGUUGGGUCGAAAAGGCGAGGAUGGAGAGGCCCGCAGUGCCAGUAGCUUGUCCCUGGCGAGGGUACGGCCCAGUCCCAUCACCAAUGGAACCAACAAGCACUCUUCUGCCUCAGGCUCCUCCUCCUCCACCUCCUCCUCCCACAGCAAGACGCAGCGCAGUGCGUCCACGUACCAUAGGCAGCGGCGGCACAGUGACUUCUGCGGCCCGUCCAUGCCGGUCAUGCACCCAAAGAGGAGCCCGACCAGUACGGGCGAGCGGGAGCUGAGGGAGGGCCGCAUGCCGUCCCGCAAAGCCAGCUGCAGUGUGAUGGGCAGUCACAGCCUGCCCCCCUCCAGUCCUAUGGUCAGCAGUGCCAACAACCCCAACAAGUCCGAGAUCCCUGACCGCCGCAAAGACAUGACUGCCACAACGAAUAACAUCCCAGGAAGCUCCAUGACUCGGAGAAACACAUAUGUGUGCACAGACCGCUCAGGCGCUGACCGACACUCGCUUCUACAGAACGGAAAAGACAACAGCUCCUUGGGCCACCGCAUGACUCAGGCGUCCCCGUCCACGCUGAGCAUCUCUGGAGCCGGAGCCGCGUCUUCUUCCUCGGAGCGCUGCCGUCUGACCCGGGGCUCCACCAUCCGGAGCACGUUCCACGGGGGCCAACUGAGGGACCGCGGGGCCCCUGUGUAUUCUGCCCCGCCCACGUCUCCCACGCUGUCCCACCAUGAACCCAGUCCCCUGCCACACGCACGCACCCGGGCCACCUCCAACCUCUUCACCAAGCUGACCUCCAAACUCACACGCAGGGUCACAAAUGAAUCUGAGGGAAUCAGGAGAUUUGCGGUCACAAGUUGCCAUCUACCUGGGUAUCAAAAAGCGGCCGAGCCCGGGGCCGUCGGACGUGGCUGGGAUCUGAGGAGCGGCGCGCGGCGGGACCCUGCGGAGGUGGUAUUGGCUCUGCGGGAGGCGGCUCUCGGCUGCGGCUGCCAGGUCCACCAUGCCGGCCCCUUUCUGCUCUCCUGUACCCACGGCGUGGCGGGGGGCCGUGUGGCUUUCGAGGCUGAGGUGUGCCAUCUCUCCACAAGCGGCGCCGAGACCUCCAACGGGGUGCGAUACACGCGACUCUGGGGGGCACCGUUAGCGUUUCGGGACAUUGCCACUCAAAUCUCUAAGGACCUUGAACUCUGA